AUGAUUGCUAGUCCGUGCUUCCCCCCCUUUCCGCCUGUCGCCGCCAUGCAUAUCGCCUGGACUUCCGCCGCGAAAAGCGCAAAGAAGCGCAAGCGACUCGCCAAGGGCGGCGAUGCCGUUCUCCGCGCAUUCGGGGAUCCCGAAGACGUGGCAGCAGAACCUACAAUUGAUGACGCAGGAGAGUUUUCUGCUGCUCUUUCCACGUGGGAUGCUGCCAUUGGCUUGUCUGCUGUGCCACGUCAGCGCGCGGUGCUGUUCGAGCAGAAGGCGCAGGUGCUGAUGGAGAUGGGGCGGCUGUGGGAGGCCGUCCGAGCUGGCACAUGUGCCACAGAGAUCGCCCCGGACUGGCACGAUGCGUGGGUGACUCUAGCACGCGCCCAACUCAACUUGGGAGAGCCCCACCUUGCGCAAGCCUCCUUCUCCCGCGCACUCGUGCUGCAGCCUGGCAGCACCGAGACACAGCAGGAGCUCGGGGAAGCCUCGCGAUUGGCUGUCAGGCAGCGCCAGCUGGCAGCAGCGGCUGACGGGGGUGAUGAGAUGCUGACGCGUGGUGAAGAGAGGUUGGUCAGGGAGGGGCCUGAAGGGGUGGAGGGUAGGGACAGGGGGAAGGAGGUUGGUGAUGGGGAAGAGGGAGAGGGUGUGGUUGAGUGGAGUCAAGUGGUGGUGUUCAGAUUGCGUCAAGUGGAAUGGUUGAGAGAGAAAUCAUUCCAGUCCAAAAGUGGAUUGCUGGAUGGGGUGGAGUGGAGCCAUAGAGGGGAGGAGGGGUGGUGUGUUGGCUCUACAGUGUGGGGCGGAGUGGGGUGGAGUAGGCUAGAGUGGGGUGGAGUGGGGUGGAGUGGGGUGGAGUGCAACGAUCUGCUCAGCACUCACCGGUCAGGACCGUGA